AUGAGUUAAUAUGAACGAAUAAGACCUAUCGUAUUUUAAAAAGCUCCAGAAGUGAAAUAGGUGAGAUCAAAUUCAUUAGCUGUUCGAUCAUCUCCUUCAAAAUGUUAAUUAGAUUUAUCUUUCGAUUUAUAAGUUAAUUCAACAACUAACAAUGCAAAUCAAGCAUUAAAAGAUAUCAACAAUUAUAAAAAACUUUAUGUAAGUGAAUCAUGUUAAAAUAAUAAUAAAGAAAAUUAAUUAUCUGGAAAGCAUUUUUCAUUUAAGGCUGAUGAAAAUUAAUAUUUGAAAUAAAGAAUUAAACAAUUAGAAUCUUAGAAUAAUAACUAUGUUACUGAAAAUAAAAAAUUGGCUCAUGUUUUGGAUUAAUAAAUUCAAUUAAAUUAAUCACUACAAGAAUAGUAACAAUCAAAAAAUUAAAUUAUCAAAAAAUUAGAAGAUGUUUAGAAAAUGAAUAAAUAUUAAUAAUCAAAUAAUACAGAUCUUAAAUAAAUUAAUGAUUAAUUGAUUAUAUCUAAAAAAGUAGUUAAUGAUUUAGAAGAUAAAGUCUAAAUUGUAUUAAAUGAAAAUUAAAAGUUAAGCGAAUUAAAUGAAAGAUUCUAAUUUACAGAAAAUUAAUUAAAGAUUGAUGUCGAAAAAUAUAAAAGUAAAUGCUCAAUAUUAGAGAGUAAAUUGAAAUAAUAAUAGUAAUUUAUAUUAUCAUUAUAUAGAGAUGAAUCAAAAUGUUUAGAAUUAUAAAGAAAAAUAAAAAAAUAGAAUGAUUAAUUAGAAUAAUUGGCUAGAGAGAACUAUUAGUUGAAAUAAUAACUCAUUUAAAAUAAUAAUCAAAUAUCUCAAUAAGAUGAUAAAUAGUUAUAAUAUAAUAAUAAGUAUAUAUAUAUAUAUAUGAGUUUAGUGAUAAAUAUAAAGAGACAAUUCAAGAAUUGGAAUGUUAAAAUUAAUACUUAUAAUAAAUGAUAGGUAUUGACUAACAAAAGAUGAAUAAUUUAGAAGAUAAAUUAAGUUUGUUGACCAAAGAAAAUUAUAGACUAACAGAAAUUGUCAAAAAUCGUCAUAAAUAGCAAUGA